AUGGAUACAAUGCUUUCCCUCUAUGAUGCUGAACAUAGGAGGUGUCCAAUCUGCUGGAAGGAUGUAGCUUUGGAGCAAAUUAUAUCAGUGUCUUCAUGCUCACAUUACUUCCACUGGGUAUGCAACAAAAAGUACGAAAAACACCAGAGCAUGAAGUUGAAGGAUGUGAUCAAAUGUCCGGUCUGUCGCCACUCCUACCCAUAUGGGUCCACAACUGAGUAUGUUUUCACGACGCCUCCGGAACAACCCCUGAGGUUCCGCACUCCUCGGCCCUCCAACCCGGAGCCGGGGCUGGGGCUACGGAGAAGGCCUGCGGCUCGAACCAUUCAAGACCCUUGGAGCAUGUAA